AUUUUUUGCCGCGUAGGUUUUACCACUUCUCCUUCCCCAAUUAAGUUUUGGGACUAUACAUCCACUCAUAUCCCAUUAACCAAACAAGCAAAAACCCCAAUCCCCAAUCAAGAAAAUAUAUUCAAGUCUCUCUCGAUCUCGAAAGCCUCUUUUAGUUUCUACACAGUCGCACUUUUUUCAGAUUCGAUUUUUUGUGAAGUUGCUUCAGAAGACCAUAAAUAAUCCCACAAGCAUGGUGGCAGAAGCUGAGAUUGUUUGUCGACCGGCCGUGGCUGUUCCGUACCUCUGCGUUCCGUCUCCGCCGUCGCCGAAGACGGACGCGAAAUUCUUCGACAUCUCACCGGCGGCGGCUUCUGCUGCACCGAUCGAGAUCGACCUCUGUCGCAUUGAUUCGUCUCUGAGCUGCUCGACCAGCACACAGACCCCAACCCAAAAAGUUGCCCAAAAAAUCUUCUCAGGCAGCCACACGGACAUCGGGCCCCGCAGCUCAAACGAGGAUCAGCACAUCCGCAUUGAUGACCUGGCAGCCCAAUUGGGCCCUUCCCUCCUCAGCUGGCCAAAGCCCACUUCCUUCUACGCAGUGUUCGACGGUCACGGCGGGCCCGAUGCUGCCCUCUACAUGAAGAACAACGCACUCAGAUUCUUCUUCGCGGAGGCCCAAUUACCCCAACCCCCAUCCACAGACGAUAUUGACGAAAAAAAGCACUUCUUGAAAAAUCUCGAGAAAUCCCAUCGUGAGUCGUUCAAAUCUGCUGACCUGGCUCUGGCAAACGAAACGGGCCCAGUCGACCCGUAUUGCGGGACCACAGCUCUGACGGCUCUUGUUUUCGGACGAGACCUUCUCAUAGCCAAUGUGGGAGAUUGUCGAGCUGUUCUGUGCAGGAAUGGAAAUGCUGUCCAGCUGUCACGUGACCACAGGCCUUCUUGCCGGGUCGAAAGGAAGCGUGUUGAGGAUUUGGGCGGGAAAAUCGAGUAUGGGUACCUGAAUGGUGACCUGGCGGUGACUCGGGCGCUCGGGGACUGGUAUUUGAAGGUUCCGUUUGGGUCGGGCUCGCCUUUGACGGGUGAGCCCGAGUUUGGGUUGACUUUGUUGACCGAGGAUGACGAGUUUUUGAUUAUCGGGUGUGAUGGGAUUUGGGACGUGAUGUCGAACGAGGAGGCUGUUUGUGUGGUGAGGGAGGAGCUUGCGAGGUGUCGGGACCCGAUCGUGUGUGCGCGGGAGCUCGUGAACCGGGCGCUGAUGAGGGACUCGUGUGAUAACGUGACAGCUGUCGUCGUUUGUUUUUCGUCUCGGGAUUUGAAUACUUGUUCGCGAAGAUCGAGGUUUAGGUUCUGUAUGUCGGAGGAGGCAAGGAGCAAGCUGAGGAGUUUAUUGGAUUGCGAUGAUAAUUAAUGAAGGUUCAAUCAGCAAAACUGCUUGAAGAAACUCUAGUCAUUUACUUUAGUGUGGUGGUGUUGAUUUGUACAGAUUUAUUCUUGUCAGUGGUUUGAUUUUUUUAGCCAUCUGAUUUGAGGUUGCUUCAGAUUUGUAACUGAUGAGAAACAGCAGCCAUCAUCAAUUUUGCUGAUUGGAAAUUAAAUUAUGGCUGUGUAGGUUAUUUUGUUUAUAUGAUAUGUUGUGAUGCCAAACAUAAUUGAUUAAGUUAGAUUAGUUUUCCUGAGUUUGUUUUGUUUGUGUUGUUUCUUGUGUGUUUCAGGCCAACAGAUUUUAUUUAUUUUUAUUUGACUGCAAAAAAAAAAGAAAAG